AUGUUUGUAUCGAACCCUAGGGCUAAUCCUUCAGAUCCAAUUAUUCCAGACCUAGAUGAUCCUGUAGAAGUAGCAAGGCUGAGAAUUGAUGACAAUAACGCUCAGGAUAAGUAUAGGAUCCUGGAGGAGAGGAUCAAGGCAGUAGAAGGCGCUGAAGUUUUCUCUGCUUUGAGUGCCAAAGAGCUCAGUUUGGUACCUGAUUUGGUCCUACCCCCAAAAUUUAAGGCACCUGAUUUUGAGAAGUAUGACGGAACAAGAUGUCCAAAGGCGCAUCUGAUCAUGUUUUACCGAAAGAUAACUGGUUAUGUAAACGAUGAUAAAUUGUUGGUGCAUUGCUUUCAAGAUAGUUUGGUUGGCUCAGCCCUUCGAUGGUAUAAUCAACUCAGUAGAGAGAGAAUCCGAUCAUGGAAGGAUUUGGCUUCAGCAUUCUGUGAGCAAUAUAGGCAUGUAUCGGAUAUGGUGCCUGAUCGACUAACUUUACAAAUGAUGGAAAAGAAGCCGACAGAGACUUUUCGGCAAUAUGCACAAAGAUGGAGGGAUAUCUCGGCUCAGGUAGAGCCUCCGUUAACUAAGACAGAGAUAACAGUCCUCUUCAUUAAUACUACCAAAGCGCCAUUUUACGAUAAAUUGGUAGGAAGCGCCACAAAGGACUUUGCGGAUAUUAUAAUAUCCGGGGAACUUAUCGAAAACACCGUCAAGAGUGGGAGAAUGGAAAGCCCCGAGAGUUCAAGAGGCGGUACUGCACCUCCGUCUUACCCUGUUUAUGCUGUGAAUAACCAAAGGCCAUUCACCGUGUUCCCGCCAAACACCAUGCCUGCACAAAGCCAACCCAAAAAUGAACAAAGACCAGCAAGACUCAAUCCUGAAAGACCUCAGUUUACUCGAAUUCCUGUAUCAUAUGGAGAGUUAUACCCGAAGCUGUUGGAAAAACAAUUAAUUUCCCCACAUUACAUGGCACCCCUGAAGCCUCCAUUUCUGAAGUGGUAUGAUCCUAACGCUAAUUGCAUGUAUCACGCUGGAAAUCAGGGGCAUUCUACAGAAAACUGCCUUGUCUUUAAAAGGAGGGUUCAAGGUCUCAUCGAUACUGGUGUUCUGCGAUUCGAUGGUGUUAGCAAUGUGACGAGAAAUCCUCUUCCUAACCAUACUAGUGGCAAUGUAAAUGCGGUGACAAAUGAAGACAAUUGGCGAGCCAAAGUUCAUGUUGCCGAAGUAAGGACACCUUUGCGAAAGGUGUGGGAGAUGAUGAUUGAAAAUGGCUUGCUUUGCCCGCCUAGUAAGAUUCUCAAAUAA